AUGUCAGAACUACGGCUGAGGAGCACUGCUCCUACACCGUCCACCACCGAUGACAAGAAACCAAUCGAUACAGAUGCUGGAACCCUCCCCAAUGACCACUAUAAAUCACAUCUUUCUCCCACUCGAUUUUGGUUGCGGAGUAAACUUCUUCCAUAUAUUCGAAUGGAAACUGAUAUCUUGGCGUCGCUUCAAGCAGCCAUUCGAACACCAAUGCUUGAUUUCUACUUUGCUUGGACAGCAAACUUGGCGUCGCAUACGUUCUACGUGCUUAUGUUGCCGGUUCCAUUAUGGUUUGGCUCCACUUUGAGCCGUGACUUGAUCUAUGUUUUGGGUCUUGGAAUUUAUAUAUCAGGAAACCUCAAGGAUUAUAUGUGUUUGCCUCGUCCUCGGUCACCACCACUUCAUCGCAUAACCAUGAGCUCAUACACUGCUCAGGAAUAUGGGUUUCCAUCCAGUCACAGUGCCAAUGCGACCGCAGUUUCGUUGGUCUUGUUUCUGAGACUCUACGAUUCUAGAGACCAGUUCACCCCAAUCAAGUUUGUCGUUUUGGCAAGCAUUCUCUUUAUUUAUUACUUUUCCUUGAUAUUUGGAAGACUUUACUGUGGAAUGCACGGAUUCCUCGACUUGUUGGUGGGAUCCAUUAUUGGUACUGGAUUAUUUAUCUUCCGCUACGUUUGGGGAAAUGCUUGGGAUAUGUUGCUUUUCAACGCUAGUACAAAAUGGGGUAGAGCUCUUGCUCCGGUCCUCGUGGUUGUGAUGUAUCUUUUGUUAAUCAAUACCCAUUCGGAGCCCGUUGACGAUUGUCCAUGUUUCGACGAUACAGUGGCAUUCAUUGGUGUUCUCAUCGGUGUCGAUUUGGCUCACUGGCUCUGUUUCAACACCGGGUACUUGGCUACCAGCUCUGGCGAUCCGCUCGUGAUCUUCUAUGAUUAUAACACACUUGGUCUAGUUAAAGUGAUUGCAAGAGUGGUACUAGGAGUCUUUUUAGUUGCAGUAUGGAAGUCGGUAUCCAAACCUGUGGUGUUCACAAUCCUCCCGCCAAUCUACAAGCGCGUAGGUGUCUACAUACCCAGAAAGAACUUCCAGGCUACUGCUUUCACCAAGCUGACCACUCGUCAAAUUCGGUCUCAGUCCAUUUCCAACUUGAAUAACAGUGCUGAUAACAUUGGUGAUUUCAACAAACUCAUACGAGGAAUUGCUGACCACUCAAAGACAGACAUGGUUGGACCCGCAACCGAUAUCGAUUACUACGAAAUGUUAGAUUACAAGAACAAAAACUCGGGUGCAAAUUUACCAGAACCACCAAAACGUGCUGGUGUUUUCAAGCCCAGAUUCGAUGUUGAAAUUAUCGGAAGACUUAUUAUAUACGGAGGAAUGGGACCAGUAUCAGUUUGGGGGUUCGCCUUGGCCACCGAGUAUUUGGGUUUAGCAAAGUAG